AUGAGUUCAUGGGGUGCUGCAGGUGGGUUUGGCGCCACUCAAGGAUCAAACCUCUUUGGCAAUUCUGCCACAUCGAAUGCCGGCCAACCAGGAGGCUUGUUUGGCUCAGCUACAACAGGAGCAACAUCAGCGAACCCAGCAACUGGGCUCUUUGGUAAUAGCAGUACAAAACAGACUACUCAACUGCUGUUGUUUGGUGGAGGUGGUGGAUUAUUUAACACACCAGGUACUAGUGGUAUUGGUACCGGCACUGGCACUAGUGCGGCUGCAACUUCGGGGUCAUUUGGAGUCAACACCUCUAAACCGGGAUUGUUUUCGAAUACGGGACUAGGUGGCGGAAAUGUUGGUGGUGGUGUCAAUAACACAAAUGCCAACCUUACAUCCACUACAAAUGCCAAUCCUUACCAGCAGUCGUUGGUCAAUGUACAGAAUGAACAACCUUUGACGUCAAUGCCUCCUUCUAUUACUGGUCAAUUGUUCCAUAAGGAGACUCCAAAUGAAAAUAGAGGGUACUCAUAUUUGCAAGUUUCCAAGCAACAGGAAUCCAAGAAAUCAGGUUUAUUGAGUAGAUUGGCUCAAGCUUUCAAACACAUUCGAAACCCCGGAACCACUACCAUAAGAGGCUUAUUCACUCAAAAUAACAUCUCGGUAUUGCAAAAGAAAGAACUUCCUUCAAACAGUAGUGGUGUUUCUAGAUUUGUUCCUAGCAAAGUUACUAAACAACAAACUAAAUCAAAGUUGACGUCACUUGAGGGUAAGGACUUAAGUAACAUCAAAAGGCUUAUAAUAAAGUCCGAGCCUUUGAAAUAUCAUCAAAUCGAUGCCAAUGAAGUAUUUUCAAAGAGAAGAGCUAACAUAUCUAUAAAGCCAGUUACUACUAAUGGCGAUGCUACAGAUGAUGAUGAUGAAUUGGAUGAGGCUGCUGAUACUGCAUAUCCUAGUGGUUCUAAGGUUCUGUAUACGGUUAGCAAAGACCGUGUUGAAGAUGAAUCCAAAAUCAGAGUCAUUCUGAAACAAUCCCAACCUGAUCAGAAACAGAUACCCAAUAGUGACAAGCCGGAGUUAAACAACGGAUAUUGGACAUUACCUUCAAUCAGUCAGCUUAUAGAAUUAACGGAAGAAGAGCUUCUGAACAUUAAGAAUUUCAUCAUUGGAAGAAAAGGCUUUGGUCAAGUUGCCUAUGAUCAUCCUGUAGACUUAUCAGGGUUUAUGGAAAUUGCCAGAGAAGAGGGUAUUCCAUUAGAAAAGGUUUUAUUCGAAAGAAUCUUUGUUUUUGAUAAGAAAGUCGUUCUUGUCUAUCCUGAUGAAGAUAAUGAUGAUAAACCAGCUGUGGGCAAUGGUGUCAAUAUUCCAGCCACAAUUACUAUUGAGAAUGUCACUCCAAAAGACCACCAACCGUUAUCUGAAUUUGUUGAUAAGUUAAAGAAUAUGGUUGGAACAGAAUUUGUUACUUAUGAUCCUCUAGCUAAAAGAUGGAUAUUUAAAGUCUUACACUUUAGUGUAUGGGGUCUUAUUGACGAAGAUGAGUUGAAUCCUCAAAUGUAUGAAAAGUUGAUCAGCAUAAAAAGAAAGCAGGAUAAUACAGAAGAUCAAUCAUUCAUACAAUACCAAAAUGCAUACCAAGCUGAAAUAAUUGAGCAAGAAUUGAAAAAGCAACGGUUGAAUCGUGAUACCCAUGGCCUUCCAGGUGCAUGGGGUUAUAAUGCAACACAAGACACUCCUUUGAAUGUACAAAGAAAUGAAGAAAUUUUUGAAGAGAUUAGGAAUGAAAUUGAAACUUAUAGGGAAAACCAAGUUACCCAAGACCUUUCAAAAGUUGAUUUUGAGGAUAAAGAUAAAGAUAAAGUGGUACCGGAAUAUUCGUCUUCAAGCUCGACAGCGGAAGUUGAAGAAGAAGAAGAAGAGCUUAGUUCUUCUGAUCCUGCUUUGAAAGUUGCUUAUUUUCGAGACUUCUUUAACAACCUACCUCCGGGAACAGAUUUGAAUGAAAUUGUUCAAGAGCGAGUUUAUGAACCAGAUAUUACUAACGAUGAAGCCUUUGAUAUCAUUCAACGCAAACCUGAUAUCCCCACUGCUGAUGAUUGGCUACUACAACUUGAAUUGACCAAUAAUAUCGACUCUCCUUUGAAUCCACAAUUAUUAGAUGUUUUAGCAACCAAACCUUCUCAAGCUUUCAAUUUAGCCAAUGUUGAUGAUAUUCUUUUCGGGGACUUUAAUAAGGCUGCAGUUCUGUAUUCCACACCAAUACCUGAAGGAGGACCUGGGAAAGUUAUGGAUGCUAUUGAGCUGACCCCAAUUCAACUAACCAUGGAACCUAAACUAGUGGAUGUAUUUUUAUCCAAGAUUACUAUUAAAGCUCAAGACAACAAGUAUCCUCAGAUUGCUUCUUAUAAAGAGCUAAAUUUUGCUGAUUUCCAACAAUGCCUUGAAUGUAAACUGAACGAAACAGCUCUUCUUUUAAAGUUGGCUUCUGUGUUAUUUGAUGUUAAGAUUGGGUCUGAAUUCGAAAUCAUUAAGUAUCAAAGAGAAGCAUUUGUAUCGUGGUUGGCUGAGUACAACAAGCCUCUUUUAGCUCAAGCUAUAAAGGACCAUUCUAAGGACAAAUUACAGAUUGUACUUGACUAUCUUUAUUAUGGAGAUCUUAAGCUGGCUGUGGAGGCUGCUUGGGAGACAAGCAAUGCAUAUUUAUCACCUGUUUUGGUACUUUUGGACUCCAAUGAUCAAGCUGCUAUAGCUAUUGCUCAAAACCAACUUGAAAGCUGGAGGAAUAAUAAUGAAUUGGAGAAUAUACCGGCACCAGUUGUCAAAGUUUAUCAAAUCUUAGCACGUGAGAUCCAAUUACUCUCCAAGGAGUUGCCCUGGAAUAUGGUCUUUUCAUUGAAGCUUUUGUAUGAUGAUCCUACUAAAACUCUCAAUGAACUUAUCCAAGUCACUCUUAAAGAACAAACAUAUCUUGAUUCUGCGGUGAUUGCAUUGCUACAGUUAUACAAUAUAUGGUGUUCCAAGAAUCUGGAAGAAGCAUUACUCUUUGUUAAAGAGUGUUCACAACUUUCCAUAAGUUUGAAAUGGGUCAUUCAAGAGGUGUUAUUGGCUGGUAAAACUGAUGACAUUGGUGUUGAAUUUGGAAACUAUUUAUUGGACCAUGGGUUAUGGUUCCAAUCAUUAGUGGCAUUUCUUUGUCUGAAUGAUGGUGAACUCUCAACCAAGAAUGUUAGAAAAGUCGUCCUACUGAAUAUUCAAAGGAUUGAUGAGCAAACUCAAAUAGAACUAACUGAAAAGUUGCACAUUCCAAAGGAAUUAAUAGCAGAAGCAAGAGCACUUGAAUAUGAGAAGUCACGUGACUAUUGGGUAUCAACGGAAGCAUUUAUGAAUGCUAAACUUUGGAGUGAAGCUCAUAGAAUCAUAGCUUCAAAAUUGGGACCAGAAGUUGUUAUUUCUAAUAAUGAAACCUCCAGAAGAGCUUUAAUUGAUCUCAUGAAUAAAUUCCCUUCUAAUGGUUCCAUUAUUCCUACUUGGAAUGUUGGUGCUGGAAUUUAUGAAAGCUAUUGUGAAUUAAUAGCCAAUAAUGAAGAUCUGGAGUCCCUAACAUCACUUUUGAAGAACAUUCCAUAUGUUGCAACUGAUGAAGAAGGAAAGGAAUUUAAUGAAAAGGUUGCUCUUAAAUUGGUAUCUAAAUUUGUGGGAGACAUUGCUAUUGCUCAUUCAAAUGAUCUUGAACAACUUAAAAAUCUGUUGAAUAAAUUGUAUCUUGGAGAGCCAGAGAAGCAAUAUUUUAACCAUAGAAUAACUGUAUAG